CUGAUCCCUCUGAGUAAAGCGUUACAUGGAUGAACCUCCCCCUGAAUGUGGUCCAGCAGGAACACCAGCCUCAGUGUGUCACAGCGGACUGCAAACGAUUUCUUAAGUCCUGCGCAAGUCUCCACCCGAGAGGACGUUCACUGAAGACAGAAAAACUGCGCAAGGGUCUCAUUUUACGCGUCAAAAAGCCAGGCAUUGUCCAGAGACGUUGCGUAAGUGCAACUGAUAUCAAAACAAGGCGUCAGCAGAUCUGCUCUGGGGUGCAGACUUGACUCGAGAAGAAAAGACAAGUGAAAGAAAGGAGGAGGAAAAGUCGACAUUUCUGCUCGUCUGGAUUUUGGAGAGAACAAAAUGUCUAAACCUAAUUAUUCCGGCACGUUUUAUAUGGUGGAGCAGGAAAACAUGGACUCCUACCUCGCAGCUUUAGAUAUUAAUUUUGCCCUGAGGAAGAUUGUGUGUUUGUUGAGGCCCUCAAAGGAGAUCGCCCAUGAACCGGCCACAGGGACCAUGAAGAUCCGCACUCUCACCACCUUCAAGAACUUCAUGAUGGAUUUUACUAUCGGAGAAGAAUUCACCGAAGACUUGGGACCAGUGGACGGUCGUACUUGUCAGACUACAGUGAGCUGGGAGGGAGACAACCUGAUUUGUGUACAGCGAGGCGAGAAGGAAGGACGAGGCUGGACACACUGGCUGGAGGGUGACAAGCUGCAUUUGGAGAUGAGAGUUCAAGGCAUCGUUGCCAAGCAAGUCUUCAAGAAGGCUGUUUGAAGUAACUGCAAAUAUGUUUCAGUGAAUUUAUUCUUAGUAGAAUGUAGUUAAGGACUCGGUACAAGUCUGAAUAAUGUCUAUAGUCUUUUAAAAUUAUAAUCAACAUUAAUUUGAAAUGUCACAGUAAGACUGAAUAUCUUUGAAAAUACUGAAAUGUACAUGUGCAUCUUAAUUGUCUGAUGGUACUAACUGAAAAGAGAGCAGCUGAGCAGAACUACUUGUGUAAACAUUCCCAAUACUUCCUUAUAUUGCACUAUCUAUCUUCACAAUGUUAUAAACAAAUCAUUCAUCCGUCAGGCA